AUUGGCUUUCCUAUUUCUUGUAACCGCGGACGCGAGCAUCGUGAAGAAGCAAUUUUAGGCUGCAAUAGUAGAUCAGCAUAUUAUUCUGCUUAAUAUCUCUCAACCUCAUCUGCACAGCGAACUACUUGAACAAGCAUGAAGUACAAGUAGAAUUAUCCAGCGGAGAAGGAGAUUAUAUAUGAUUUUACGGAUGAUAAGGUAAAGCUUCAGAAUAACUUGUGCGCCGCGUAUUUUACUUCUGCGAUGAUCUACAUUUUUGAGGCUUCCGCUAUUCUAAAAGUCUAACGUUAUUCUCUUUCUCUUCUUCAAUUUCAUUUUCAAGCGACACAAAACAAAGCCGAAACCAUGGGCAAGGGUAAGGCGAAGGGGAAGCAGAGUACGGUCUUCGAGGUCGAGAAGUACCACAACCAAAUGGUGCAUGUGAAAUUCACCGGCGGCAGAGAGGGUACAACUGUUAAUCAUGCACGACAGAUGAUCAGUUUUUCUUUUUUCCUUUUCCCGCAUGACAAACUGAUUUUUGCUUCUUGAAAUGAAAAUAUUGUAAAUUGAUGAAUGCAUAACCACAACAGUGAAGGGCAUACUAAAAGGCUUCGAUCCGGUUGUGAACGUGGUUCUCGACGAGGCAGAAGAAUUUAGACGAGACCCCAAGGACCCAACCAGGGUACUGGAAGAGACGAGAAAACUCGGGCUCAUCGUCUGCCGCGGACCGUCCGUUACAUUAAUCAGUCCGCUGCCGCAGGUCAUCUCGCAAGAAGAACUGAUGAAAGCCGCGGAGAAUAACGCAUGAUCAUGAUGAUUUUUAACCCCGUGGUCGUGGUUUAGAACCGGCCAAGCUGUGACACGUGUUAUUGACCACGUGAAUUUCAAGAACGAAAAGUAAUUUCCAAGAAACACGCGCGACGAAAAAAAAAGAAAAUAUUUAUUGCCCCACCACAG